AUGUUUGUUCCCUUGCCGGUGCCGUUGGUGUUUCAGAGAACUGCUCCCGACUUCAGCGCCUGGCGUCUCAAGUCCCCGCUGGCUCUGCGCUCCAACAACGCCGGCUCCCCCGCUCCCGCCUCACGGCAGGUCCAGGGAAUAUUCAUGGGAAAAUCAGAGGAUACACCAGAGAUGCUCAGCACACAUGCACCUCCAGCUCCGCCGUCCCAGCCCCCACUCCCCCACACUCAGCUCAUGUUGGCUGGGAGUCAGCUCGCAGGGGACAUCCAGCAGUUGUUGCAGCUGCAGCAGUUGGUUCUUAUGCCUGGGCAUCCCCUGCAGUCCCCUGCCCACUUCCUCCUACCGCAGCCCCAGGCCCAGCAGGGACAGCAGGGUCUGCUACCGACACCAAAUUUAAUUCCUCUACCUCAGCAAAACCAAGGAGGUCUCCUGACCAGCCCACCCCGACUGGGGCUCCAAACUCAGAGGGAGAAGAGCGUGGAGAGUGCUGUUACCCCUGCCCCGUCCACUGCUUCAAUGACCCCUGUGACCCCCCACGCUGAGGAGCCCAGUGACCUGGAGGAACUAGAGCAGUUUGCCCGCACCUUCAAACAGAGGAGGAUCAAACUGGGCUUCACACAGGGUGAUGUCGGCAUGGCAAUGGGGAAGCUUUAUGGAAAUGACUUUAGUCAGACCACCAUCUCUCGCUUCGAGGCUCUGAACCUGAGCUUCAAGAACAUGUGCAAACUCAAACCACUGCUGGAGAAAUGGCUUAACGAUGCAGAAACUAUGGCAAUAGACAGCAUGCUGCCCAGCCCCAGCUCUCUGUCUUCUCCAGUGCUUGGCUUCGAAGGGUUACCGGGGCGACGUAGGAAGAAACGCACCAGCAUCGAGACCAACGUCCGUGUGGCUUUGGAGCGUCAUUUCAUGACAAACCAGAAGCCCACGUCCGAGGAGAUCCUGCUGAUGGCCGAACAGCUCAACAUGGAAAAGGAGGUGAUCAGGGUGUGGUUCUGCAAUCGCCGGCAGAAAGAGAAACGCAUCAACCCCUCCAGCGCCACCCCUCCCCUGCCCAGCCAGCCCCCCCCUGCGACGCACAAACCCCCCUGCUACAGCCCACACAUGAUGCCUGGUCAGGGACUAAGCCAAGCCGCCAGCGGCCUCAGCACAACAGCUGCGAGUCCCACUCCAUCUGCAGCCUGCCCUAUGAAUCCUAGUGGCCAUGCAGGAAUGAGCUCCGCCCCCCCACCAGUGACCCCACCUCCUCUCAGUACAGCUAGCCCCGCCCCACCCAGUCUGAGCAGCCCUAACCUCAACACAGGGAACACAUUGAUGGGUGUAAGCACAGGGAUGAACCAGGCCCUCAUCGGCAGCAACCCCCUGGCAACAAUGCAAGCCUUGGCUGCCAGUGGUGGCCAGAUGCCCAUUUCCACUCUUGAAGGCGGCGGCCAAAUGCUCUUGGGUGGAACUGGCGGGCCAGGGGGCGGACUUCGCCCCUCUCUCUUCCUCAGCCGCCCUACCCUGUUGCCAAUGGCAACAGGAGCCGGCAUGGGAUUGGUCAGCACUACCAGGGCUUCCCCACCUCCUGGCGCCAGUGGAGUGAGCCCAGAUUCAUGCUCCGCCUCUCCCUGCUCAAGCCCUGCCUCUUUCUGCUCUUUCAGUGAAGCCUCACCACCACCCCUGGGCGGAGCCAUGGCUGAGUGA